AUGAUGAAUUCAAAUGAAACAAAUGAACAAUGUUGUUUAAGUCCUCUCGAUUCAGCCCGUUUCAUCAUGGAACGAGCUCGGCAUGUUUCAAUAAAUUCAUCUUCUCUUAGAAAAUUGGCUGAUACGAUUUCAUGUGCAAUGAUGGAUGGAGAAUGUACGCCAGAUGAUUGGAUUGGAUCAGAUGUUGGUCCCCCAAAAGGGAAUGAUCAAUCAACAAUUGAUUGGAUAUUUUUGGCAAGUACAUUAAAUUUUUCAUUUUGGACUGAUGAUAAUCAAAAUGAAUCUUAUUGUCGAAAAUAUAAAAAGAAUAUUUAUUAUGGCUAUUAUGCAUUGUGUGUCGCGAUAAAUCAAGCAUUAGAUGAAGGAAUUGAUAUAAUCAAUGCUGAAUAUUAUUCUAAAUUAACACUUGAUCAAAUAAAAUAUAUAUUUCAAUCAACAGAAAAUUCAUCUGAAUUACCAAUGUUAAAUGAAAGAUUAAAUAUUUUACGAGAAACUGGAUCCAUACUUCUUAAAGAAUAUGAUGGACAUUUCUCUCGAUGUAUUGAACAAAGUGGUGGAAGUGCUGUAGAUCUUGUUGAAUUAAUUGUUAAAAAGUUUCCUGCAUAUAGAGAUGAAGCUGUUUAUGAUGGACAAAAAGUAAGUUUUUAUAAACGAGCCCAAAUAUUAGUUGCUGAUAUUUGGGGAUGUUUUAAUGGUCACGGUUUUGGUCAUUUUACUGACAUGGAUGGGUUAACAAUGUUUGCUGAUUAUCGUGUUCCACAAGUUUUAUCUCAUGAAGGUGUUCUAAUUUAUUCAAAUGAAUUAAAAUGUCGACUUGAAAGAAAAGAAGAAAUUCCUUUUGGCGAUCGAGAUGAAUGUGAAAUUCGUGCUGCUUCAAUCUUAGCUGUUCAGCUUCUUGUUAAUCAAGCAAAUGAAAAAAUUCCUUUAGAAAAAGAUACAGGAGAUGGAGGACAACGAUUAAAUGCGCCACUUGUUGAUGUUUAUUUAUGGCGAAGAAGACGACAAUUCACUGAUCUAUAUAAACAAACACCUUUUCAUCGAACAAGAUCAAUUUUUUACUAA